AUGAUCUUAAGAGUUACUGAGGUCUUUCUAUUCGUUCUUGGGUUCUCCAGUGCUCAAGUUGCACCGCGACACUCUCGAAUUGACUGUUUUCCAACACCAAAUGCGAACAAAGAAAGGUGCAUUGAACUAGGAUGCUGGUGGGAUAAUGAUUACGAAGAAGUACGUAUGACAAAUUAACU